AUGCGAAUGGCAUCAAGUGACUGCACCUUUGAGACCGAGAGCUUAAUUCCAGUGGGCUUUCCAUCUGAAACAGCAGGGAUUCCAAUCUCCUCUGGAAGCACUUUGCAAAGGGGACAACACUUUCUACUACACCAAUCCCCUGUCCUCGGUUGCCCCAUGUCUCGCGGUCCUACAGUUGAGAUGAUAGCGGUAUCCUGCGGUCAGGAUGAACAACGCUCCGAUAGCGGACGUGGAGCUAGCGACGAGGAAGCCAUGUUCCAGGGACCAUUCCCACCCAUACUCUGUGGCAUUUCCGUUACUGCUACAGAAAAAGUCUCCUGUCCUGUUACGCUAGCUGCAGACCACCGAGAUUUCAUUAGCACUGUCGCACACGUUGAGACCAGUGAGACGCCCGUCACCACAACAAGUGGCAUAUACUUGUGUGCAAGCUCCUUAGCUGGUCAGACAGGAACCAUUUCCACGGCUUCUGGAGCUGAAGAGAGACCUCAGAGAUCCGUGUCGACGUUUGUAACUGCCAAUGAGAAGGAGAAUGGGAGCCUGCCACUUAGCGAGGUGCCUUCCGCCUUGGUUGGAAACGUCAACAAGACAUUCAGCUUGCCACGAGAGGGCCUCUGUAUGACACAAAGCCUUCUCGAUGAUCAUACUGCUGACGAGAGCGCCAACAGACUAUGUCAGGAGAUUGAUCACCUCCUCUUUGACAAUAUGAUUUAG